AUGGAAAGGAAGAUGACAGUUGAGAAUUAUACUGUCUUUACUGACUUUGUAUUCUUAGGACUUUCUGAAAGACAGGAUGUGCAACAGGGGCUCUUUGUGGUUUUCCUACUUGUUUAUGGUAUAACUUUGAUUGCCAAUCUUGGGAUGAUUCUGCUGAUCUACAUGGACACCAGACUUCACAUACCUAUGUACUAUUUCCUGAGUAAUUUAUCCUUCUGUGAUGUCUGCUAUUCCUCCACUGUUUCUCCCAAGAUGUUGGCUGAUUUCUUAUCUGAGCAAAAGAGAAUUCCAUAUAAUUUAUGUGCCAUUCAAAUGUACUUUUUUGUAGCAUUUGUAGACAUAGCAUGUCUCAUGUUGGCUGUCAUGGCCUAUGAUCGUUAUGUGGCCCUUUGCAAUCCUCUUCUUUAUACAAUUACAAUGUCCCAGAGGAUCUGUAUCCAGCUAGUGGCUGCUGCCUAUAUUUUAGGCUUGGUGGAUUCAGCAAUUCACACCUCCUUCACAUUUCAAUUGUCCUUCUGCAAGUCAAAUAUCAUCAAUCACUUUUUUUGUGACAUCCCUCCCUUGCUAGCCCUAUCCUGCUCAGGUACAUCCAUCAAUGAGAUAGUGAUGUUCACUUUUGGUGUCUUUAUUUUGGGGUGCAGUAUUCUCACUGUCCUCCUCUCCUAUAGCUACAUCCUAGUUACUAUCUUUAGGAUGAACUCAGCAGAGGGCAGGCACAAAGCCUUCUCUACAUGUGGUUCCCACCUAACAGCUGUGGCCAUAUUUCAUGGUACACUCCUGUUCAUGUAUUUCCGUCCCAGCUCUAGUUAUUCAAUGGACACAGACAAGAUGUCCUCUGUUUUCUACACAGUUGUGAUCCCUAUGUUAAACCCACUUAUCUAUAGCUUAAGAAAUAAGGAUGUGAAGGGUGCUCUGAGAAAAGCAAUCAGCAACAAAUUCUGCUUUUGGUAA